CGCUUUGCUCAAAGUUUGGAGGACAACAAGAUAGUUGGAUCCACAGGUGAAAAGGAAACUGAAACCAGUGACUUGAUGCUAAGUAAAUUCAAGACAUGGGUAAAGGCUUCUUCAUCAGCAAAGUGGUGGCAGUGGUCUGCGUGGUUGUAGCCAUCAGUGCUGUGGCCACCAUCAUAGCCCUCUCAGUUGUUUAUGCUCAGGAGAAAUCAAAGAAUCAAGAGACUCCGGCGACUGCAACGACUGGAACGACUGCUGGACCUGGCACCCAGACCACCACACCCUCCACCCCAAAAGAGCCCUGGCAGCACUACAGACUUCCAGAUUCAUUGUCUCCUAUCUCAUACAAUGUGACCCUGUGGCCCCGGCUGACUCCCAACCCUGAUGGCCUCUACAUCUUCAGUGGAUACUCCACGGUGCUGUUCACAUGCGUGAACGAGACUGACCUCAUUCUCAUCCACUCCAACAAGCUGAACUUCACAAUGUUUGACGGAUACCACGCACAGCUGAAAGCUAUGGAUGGAGCCUCUGCACCCCAGCUGAAAAAGAGUUGGCUGGAGGUUCCUACUCAGUAUCUGGUGAUCCAGCUUAGCAGCCCUAUGCAGGCCGGCAGCACUUAUGAGCUCUUCACAGAGUUUGUCGGAGAGCUGGCUGAUGACCUGGGAGGAUUCUACAGGAGUGAAUAUUAUGAAGACGGCGUGCGAAAAAUUUUGGCCACGACUCAAAUGCAGCCGACGGACGCGAGGAAAGCCUUCCCCUGCUUCGAUGAACCAGCUAUGAAAGCCGUCUUCCACAUGACUCUCAUUCACCCUCACGGGACUGUGGCUCUGUCUAACUCCAUGAACUAUGAACCUAUAAACAUCACCACUCCGGAUGGUUUGAAUUUAAUCCAGACAAGCUUUGGACCCACAGAGAUUAUGUCAACCUACCUGCUGGCUUUUGUUGUGUGUGACUUUGGAUUCAUUCAGUCAGAUCUAGGUGCAGAGGUUUUGAUCAGGAUCUGGGCUCGCAGGAAGGCUAUAGAUGAGGGCCAGGGUGCAUAUGCUCUGGAGAAGACUGGACCCAUACUGUCUUUCUUUGAGAAGUACUACAAAAUUCCCUACCCCCUUAAAAAGUCAGACCAGAUCGCUCUGCCUGACUUCAGUGCUGGAGCCAUGGAGAACUGGGGUCUGAUCACCUACAGAGAGACUGCGCUCUUAUACAAUCCUGCAGUGUCAUCUAACGGAGAUAAAGAGUGGGUGGCAACAGUCAUCUCCCACGAGCUGGCUCAUAUGUGGUUUGGAAACUUAGUGACCACGAGGUGGUGGAAUGACUUGUGGCUUAAUGAGGGAUUUGCCACCUACGUUUCUUAUCUUGGAGCCAACUACACAGAGCCAGACUGGAAUAUGAGCGAUUUAAUAGUUUUGAACGAGAUCAUUGGUGUGAUGGCUGUGGACGCUUUGGCCUCUUCCCAUCCCCUCUCAUCCAAAGAGGCGGACGUCAUGAGACCAGAGGACAUAAAUGCACUGUUUGACUCCAUCACAUACAGCAAGGGAGCUGCAGUUCUCAGGAUGCUCUCCAGCUUCAUCACCGAGGAGGUCUUUUCAAAUGGACUCAGUAUGUAUUUAGAAGAGUUCAAAUAUAAAAACACAGUCUACCAAGACCUGUGGAAGAACCUGCAAACGGCAGUGGAUAAUGCUGGCAUACAGCUGCCCCACUCUGUGGAAGUGAUUAUGAACCGGUGGAUCCUACAGAUGGGAUUCCCAGUGGUCACCAUCGACACCAGUACUGGAAAAAUCUCUCAGAAGCACUUCCUGUUGAACCCAGAUUCUGUGGUGGACGUACCUUCAGAGUUCAAUUAUGAGUGGUUUGUCCCUAUUACCUGGAUUAAGACUGGUGCAGCUAAAGAUCAGUACUGGCUUCUUACCAAAGAAGCAACAAACCCAGACAUGACGAUUGGUGCUAGUGAAUGGUUGAUAGCCAACAUAGACAUGAAGGGCUUUUAUAGAGUAAAUUAUGAUUCUGAAAACUGGGACCGUAUCCUCACCAAGCUGAGCACCCAACAUCAGGCUAUUCCAGUGAUCAACCGCGCUCAGAUUAUUGACGAUGCAUUUAACCUGGCAAGGGCGAAGAUAGUCAGCACAACUCUGGCUCUGAGCACUACGAGGUUCCUCAACGCGGAAUUGGAGUACAUGCCCUGGCAGACGGCCACUCGCAACUUGGACUACUUUGUCCUCAUGUUUGACCGCAGCGAAGUGUACGGACCCAUGCAGGGUUACAUAAAUAAAAAGGUCACCCCUCUAUUUAAACACUUCAAAGAUCUCACUGCCAACUGGACAAAGAUCCCUGAAAAGCACACCGACCAGUACAAUCAGGUGAACGCACUCUCCUGGGGCUGCAGCACAGGAGUGGAGGGUUGUAAGGAACUGACAACAGCGUGGUUCAAAGAGUGGAUGGACAACCCUGAUAAUAACAAGAUUAGCCCCAACUUGAGGACCACAGUGUACUGCAGUGCAAUUGCUGAAGGAGGAGUGGUGGAGUGGGACUUUGCCUGGGGAAUGUAUAGGAAUGCUACCAUUGCCUCGGAGGCUGAAAAACUUUUGUAUGCUCUGUCCUGCACCAAACAGCCCUGGCUGCUGAACAGGUAUCUGGAAUACUGUCUGGUCCCAGAGAUGAUCCGUAAGCAGGAUGCCACCUUCACCAUCAAUUACAUUGCCGGUAAUCCAAUUGGACAGCCCCUGGCUUGGGACUUUAUUAGAGCCAACUGGGAUCACAUUUUCAAUAACUAUGGUGGAGGAUCAAUGUCCUUUGGAAGACUUAUUAAUGGAGUGACCAAACGUUUCUCCUCUGAGUUUGAGUAUAAGCAGCUGCUGCAGUUUAAAGAAGACAACAUAAACCAACUUGGCUCAGCUGCCUCAUCUCUUGAGCAGGCGCUUGAGAGAACCAAGGCCAACAUGGACUGGUUGGCUCUGAAUAAGAAACUAGUGUUUGACUGGUUCACCAAUGAAAUCUCAGGGAGAGUUUGAUAACUGAAACACAGUUUUCACUUUUUAAAUGUCGAAAAUGUUCAAAUCUUUAACUUUGCUGAAAGCAAAUGUAUUUUUGAAAUAUAUAUAUUUUAAAUGUAUUGGAGAUUUUUUUAAUUGUAAAUUUUUGAUUAAAAAAGGCUUUUUAAGAAUAAAAAAGGAUUUGAUUAAUUCUCUUGGUUUUUGUGUGUGUUGGCACGUUAACUUUUAAUAUGUUAUAGGG